AUGGCCGCCCCCGAAGUCCACCACCUCUUCCACCACCCAAUUGCGGACCAUUCCUUCUCUGCCGACCGUCAGACGCUGGCCGUAGCUCGCGAGAACAACGUCGACCUGUACGCGAGGUCGGGCAGUGGCUUCAAGCUCCAGGAUGAAUUGACGGGCCACGACAAGACGGUCACGGGUGUGGACAUCGCGCCGAACUCGGGCAAGAUCGUGACGUGCUCGCAGGACCGCAAUGCCUACGUCUGGGAACCCUCACCGCAAGGAUGGAAGCCCACUCUAGUGCUUCUCCGUAUCAACCGCGCUGCCACAUGUGUCCGCUGGGCUCCCUCCGAGACCAAGUUCGCUGUCGGCUCGGGCGCCCGCCUGAUCCCCGUCUGCUACUUUGAGGAGGAAGACAACUGGUGGGUGUCCAAGCACAUCAAGAAGCCCAUCCGCUCCACCGUCACGUGCGUCGCAUGGCACCCGAACUCGGUCCUGUUGGCAGCCGGCUCGACCGACGGACACGCGCGUGUCCUGUCUUCCUUCGUCAAGGGCGUCGAUGAGCGUCCAGAGGCUUCGGCGUGGGGCGAGCGCCUCCCCUUCAACACCGUAUGCGGCGAGUUCUUGAACAACACUGCUGGAUGGGUGCACAGCGUCGCCUUUUCCCCAUCUGGAAACGCCCUUGCUUUCGCUUCCCACGACAGCACGCUCACCGUUGUGUACCCCGGCGGCCCAGAUCAGCCUCCCAACGCCGUUCUCAGCGUCAGCACCCAGGUUCUUCCCUUCAUGUCGCUUGUGUGGAGCACCGAGGACGAAAUCAUCGCCGCGGGCUACAACUGCGAGGCUUACCGUCUGCAAGGCAAUGAGCAGGGAUGGCAACUCGCCGGCUCGCUCGAGUCCAAGGGCCGUCCUGGACUGACUGAGGCACGUGAGGAGAGUGCACUGAACAUGUUCAGGCAGAUGGAUCUGAAGGGCAAGUCUGGCGGCACCGAUGACACCAAGCUCAAGACGGUGCACCAAAACACCAUCAACACGAUCCGCAGCUUCCAGGAAGACGGUGGAAACGUGACCAAGAUUAGCUCCACUGGUGUCGAUGGACGGGUAGUCAUCUGGUCAUUUUUCCCAAACAACCCCACACUCGCCCCAUUCUCCUGCCCGAUCUUGACCCGCAGGUACUUGAUAUACCGCUCGCUCCGCUCGUCGCUGCCCAAUCUGUACUCUUCGAGAAUGGACGAGAUGUUGGAGGAGAUGUAA